GUUUCUUGCAGUUGCAGCUUUGCGCCGAAAACGUCAUUUCCGCUCCCACAUACGGGCACCUUGUAAAAGAUGGUGGCCAACUUGUCGCAGCAAAGUUUGCGGCUUUGAUAACAAAAUUUUCCAAAAUCUAGAUUAGAUUGAAGUUACCAUGGAUGCUUUUAAAGAUUUGAGAGAAUUCUCCCCUCCUGCAGAGGAUCUAGACAAGGCUGCUGAAGAGGUGGAUAUGGAGGAGGAGGAUGAAGACAAUUCUGAAGAGGAAAGUGAAGAUGGUGACGAAGAAGAUGACGAAGAAGAAGGUGAUGAAGAAGGAGGAGAUGAUGAGGAAGAGGAAUUAGGAGAAGAUGAAGAAUGGGAGACUGAUGAAGAAGAAAAUGAAGACAGUCAGGAUGUUACCUUGGUGACCAGUGAUGAUGAUGGUGAAGGGGAGAACUGCCCAAUUUGUCUGAACAAGUUUCGUGACCAGGAUAUUGGGACACCUGAAUCAUGUGACCAUUGCUUUUGCUUAGAGUGUAUACAGGAAUGGUCAAAUAAUGUUAAUACAUGUCCAGUGGAUAGACAAGUUUUCCAUUUGAUUUUAGCAAAACAUGCCUAUGGAGACAAAGUCUAUGAGAAGAUUCCCGUAAAAGAUAAGAAGAUUGAUGAUGAGGAAGAUGAGGACCCUACAUAUUGUGAGAUUUGUGGUCGUUGUGAUAGAGAAGACCGUCUGCUACUAUGUGAUGGAUGUGAUCAAGGAUACCAUUGUGAAUGUCUUAACCCUCCACUUCAAGAAAUACCAGUAGAAGAAUGGUUUUGUCCAGAUUGUGCUCAAACUGAAACAGUGUACAAAAGAGUAGAUCCCAAAGAAUUUAUUAUGUUUGAAGCAAUUACUGUAAACGAUGAUGAGGAAAUAGCAGAGCUGAUUUCUGAAAAUACUGAUGAUCUUCCACCUCUGCGACCACAAAGAAGACAGAUUGCUAGAACAAGAGCCUCAGAAAGAGUACGGGAGCAGAUUAUUGAAAUAAGAUUACAGAGAGCUGAUAGUACUGCAAGAUCAACAAGACAGAGGGCUAUUAUAUCGUCAGAUGAAGAAGAGGGUAGUGACAGGAUGGAAGAGACUAGCCAGGCUACCACAAGUGCAGCUGUGCCUAGAAAAACACCAGUCAAAAGGAAGACCACAAAGAGGAAGAAAAGGGUAGUCAGAAAAAAAGCUAAAUCAACCACAGGGAAGAAAAAGACUACAAAAAGAAAAGGAAAGAAGAGGCGAAAAAGAAGAAAAACUACUAGAAAGACAAGUAAAAGGAAACAGAUUAUCAAGAAACUAGUGGGUAAAAUGGUGAAUAGGGAAGUCAGGAAGGAAGCUAUACCUACUACAUCAUUCAAGUCGAGAAUUGCUAAAAAUUUAGGGCUUUCAAAACCACCAACUGGUACUACCAUUCCAUUACAGAAGGCACCAGGAGAAAGGACUGUUGAUUUGAUGAAGAGCAAUGUUGGCAUUUCAUCAUUAUCUGUCUUGGGUGAUCGAAAUGAAUUAAUUGGAUUCACAGAUGAACCUGACGAGCAUCCUAGUACAUCUGCUGCAAAACCUACCAAAAAGUCCCGAUAUUCUACUUUAUCAUUAUUUUCACACAGACCAGUAGGAAAACCAGUCAUAAAGAUAGACGAAACACCCAGUUCUAGCUCAGGAGCUGCAGGCUUUGACCUUUUAGGCGGUAUCAUGGAUAACCAAGCCAUGUUGAGGAAAGAUAGCAAAGAUGUUACUAUAAAUAGGGAUGGAUCAUUAACCAAAAAGAAAGAAGUGGAAAAGAAACCAGUUAGGAGACCAUCAGGUCCUCUGUUGUCGCCAAAAUCUAAAAUAGCGUUAUAUGACGAUUUACCUCCCCUGGAAGAUUCAGCUCCACAAGAUACUGAUGAGCUGGUUUCUCCUGAUAAAGGUACACAGACUGGGAGUAGCCUCAUCAGUGACGAAUCUUUAACUCAGCUGAAAUAUUUAGAUAGAAAAAUAGAUACUAAUGUGAUUAAGGAAACGUUGUUUGAGGACCUACCGAAAAGUAUUUAUAGUGAUUCACAGUUAAAGAAAGGAAAUAGUGAAAAAACUAAAGUUGAUCCGUGUAACGAAAGUGAGAAAAGCGAUGCAAAUAAUGAAAUUAAGAAAAUUAAUACAAAGGACGGAAAUUCAGAUGCUAGUACUAAAUUGCAAAAGGAAAAUAGUGAUUCAAAUAAAAGUGGAAAUAGUGAUAAAACUUCUAAAAAUAUGGAAAUAAUUAGUAAGAAAGAAAAAAGCAAAGAGGAAAAAAUUAGCAACAAAGAAAAAAGCAAAGAGGAAAUAAUUAGCAACAAAGAAAAAAGCAAAGAGAAAGUGAAAGUGAAACGACUUAGUAUUGAGGAAAAAAAUAAAGUAAAAAAAUCUGUGGUUAAUAAAGAUAAAAAUGACAAAGUUUCUGAAAGUGCAUCGUCUAAAAAAAGGAGUGAAAAUAUUUCGCAGUUGGAUGAUAUUUCUGAUGAAAGUAAUGGGUUUCAUGAGGAUCUUGAGGAGAAAGAACUUGAAGAAAAGUUGCAAAUAGCGCAGGCUAAAUUGAAAAAGUUAGAAAGUAAAGGCAAGAAAACAAGUAAGAAAGAUUCUCAUAAAGACAAUAGGAAAGAAAUACUGAAGGAAAGUACUAAAGAAAAAAACAAGCCUACUGCAUUUUCUUCAGGCUCCUUGCUGAACGAAGGAAAUUUGGAGUCAGAAAAUGUGGGAAAAUCGGAAAAAGAUUCACAUAAACAUGAUAAGGAGAGAAAGGAUAAAAAGACAAAAGAAGUUGUUGAAAAAAGUGAAAAGAAAGUGAAAAAACACAAAGAAAGUGCUAGUGAGAAACAAAAAGUCAAAAAAUCUAAAAUGCCAAAAGAACAAACUGAGGAAGACGUCAUUAUUGCCACUCCGCCUCGUCAGGAAGUUGAAAUAAUUGAAAUUCCUGACGAUGACGACGAAACCGAAUAUGUUCAAAAUUUAGAUAAAAAGAUUAUAAAGUCCUAUUCUGGAUCUGACCAUCAGAAACCUAGAUCAAGACAAACUUUAGAUCUCAAAAGUGUUGUAAAGAGGGAAAAAUCAGAUCGAGAGACAAGUGAAAAAGAAAAUCGUAAAAGACGUGAAAGUGAUAAAGACCAUGAACGUGACAGAAGUAAGGAAAGAAAAAAGAGAAAAUAUAAAUCACGUAGUAGAUCCCGUGAUCGUAGACAUAGAUCUAGAUCUCACGAAAGAUCACGUAGAUCUCGUUCAAGGGACAAAUAUAGAAAAAGUCAUAAAAGUAGGUCAAGAUCGAGAGAAAAAAGCCGUAGAUCCAAAGAUCGUUGGUCUAAAGAAAGAGACAGAUCAAGGGAAAGGGAUCGAUCAAGGGAUAGAGAUCGAGAUAGAUCAAGAGAUAGAGAUCGAUCUAGAGAAAAGUCUAGAAAGCAUAAAAGGAGAGACAGAAGUAGAGAUAGAAGUUCAAGUAGAGAGAGGACAAAAAUCAAAAGCAGAGAAAAAAGUAGAGAUGGCAGUCGAGACAGAGAUUAUAAUAGGUGGCGUGAAAUCAGUCCAGAAGUGCCAUUAAAUAUUUCAACUAUUGACUCUGGUAGGUUAGAUACAGGAAGGCUUAUUGAUUUGUUUGAUGAUAAGUGGAAGAAACGUGAAGACUUAAAGCAGGCUAAAAAGAAAAAGAAAAGUCGUGAAUCUCCUGUUAAAAAUUUACAUCAAUCACCAGCAAAACGACCUCUUGAGGAUAAAGAGGAAGACAAAAUAGACGUACUAAUGAAAAAAGCAAAACCUCUAAUUGAAAAAAGAGAAACGGAGGUUAUAGAAGCAAGUCAACCUAUCUCAAAAAUCAUUGACAUUUUUACAGAAAAGAAUGAGUUUGAUAUGUUUGCAGAUGAUAAUUCUGAUAUGGACACGGAAAUUCCUGAGCCAGCACAAGAAUCUGUGAUUGUAAUUAAUACUGUUGACAGUUUUCAUAAACAUCGUUCAAAUCUUGUUUCAUUACCUUCUGUACAAGAUGAUGACAAAACAAAUAUUCAUGAUACAAUUAUUGAAAAAGAGAAAAAAUCUGACAAUGACAAUUCAAACAAUUCUAUACCUGUGAUAAACAAUACAGUUGAAAAAACAAUGAAUAGUCCUGAAUAUGAUCCAGCAUUUCCGACUGAUGAUAUGGAAGAGUCACCAUCACCUUUGCAAGAUGAAAAAAGUCCACCAGGAACUCCCGUGGAAUAUACUGAUGUUAAUAAUCAAUCAAUGCAAGGAAAUCCUCAGAUCAUUAUUGGUGAACCACCACCAUGUUCAGUGCCGAUUGACGAAAACUUCCCAGGACUAAGCUUAUCACCUCUUCCUCACCUUCCACCUCAGUUAGGCAAAGGAAUUCUUGGGGAAGGAGGACAAUUUAUUCUUCAGAGAGGUGAGGCACCAAUUGUGCAGCCUGAUGUUCCAGUUGGAAUCAGAAUUUUACAAGGAUUACGACCUGGAAUGUCACCCCAGCGAGCUAUGCUGAUGAAUCCAUUAAUAAUGAACAGACCACCCCAUAUGCAACCUCGAUUUGCUCGUUUGCCUCCUGGACAUAUGCCUCCUUUUGGGCUCCAAGUAACAACUCAGGAUGGUGUGACAUUACCAGUACAAGGACAUUUUCAACCUAGAAUGGCACAUUGUUCUCUGCCACCUCAGCCUGGUAUGAUAAACGGUAAUUUUGAAGGCAUUCAUACAGAUACUUCCCAACCUCCUCCUCCAUUUCAGCUGCUGCAGGGAUCACCUCGUUUAUCUGGAGAUCCUCGUUUACAGCUGCCACCACAUGUGCUUGCUCAGGGUCCUCCACCUGGUCAUGCUGGUUCCCCAUUGCAGAUUCAUCCUGGAAUGGAACCAAGAGUGUCUGUACCAAGUCCACUUGUAUCAAUUUCUGGUCCACUUGAUGGACCUCAUAUGACAUUAUCAGGACCACCAAUCUCAUUAAGUGGACCACUGCCUCAUUUGGCUUUAUCCAGUCAUCCAAUGUCUGUUCCUAAUUCUCAGAUUGGAAUACCUAGUCCGGAGUUAGCAUUAGGAAAUCCAUUGACUAAAUUGCCAGCACUGUUAACAAGAAUGCAGGUACCUCUGUCUAAUCCACAGGAUACAAUGGCUAGUCCAGUCAGUGAUCCAGAACCUGUUUAUACUCCGCCAACACCAACCAAUGACGACACCCCCUUCAUGAACUUAGCAGUAGAAGCGUCAACACUUGCUAAAAUAUCUCGAUCUCAGUCACCACAGUUAACUUCAAGUGCAGCUUUCUCAAGAAAUAAACCUUUAAUUUCUAUAGCAAAUCUAAAAACUUCACUUAAUAAUAAAAUUAUUAAAAAUCUUAAUCCAUUGUCUUCAACCAGAAGUUCAAAAUCACCUAUAGAUGAAUAUCCAUCGCCUGAUGAAAAUGAAGGGGAUGACAUUAUUAAAAAUAGUGAUGAAGAUUCGGAGAAAACACAACCAAAUGCUUCGGACCAGUUGAAUCAACUAACAAAACUUCUCAAUGCACAAGCUCAACUUGCACAGUUAGUGAAUAAAAACAAGCAGACUUCUGUGAAGUCGUCACACAAAAGUGCUAAAGGUAGAUCAAAAGAUCAUCCAUUCAAAGUUCCUCUGCCUCCACGGAUUAAAACAAGCAACGGAAAAAUUGUGAAAGAGGCAGAAUCUACUGAUGUGGUCGAUAUGGACGUUGCUUCUCCUCUGGAUGAAAGUAGUAUCGAAAUUCCUGAUUCUCCCGAUGACUUCGACAAAGUUGUUUUCGGUUCAAAACAGAAAGAAAAUAAAAAACGAAGAGAUAGACAUGACAAGAAAGAAAAACGUAAAGACAAAAAGGUGAGAGAUUCGUCAUCGAGUGUGAAAUUUAUUGAUGCUAGAAAAAAACCUGUUAUGACAGUUAAUGAUGAAAAUUUAAAAGAUGUGAUUAGGGAACUUGAAUUGGAAGAUGAGCCUUCAUCAGCUGUGGAGCUGACUAAUAAAGCGAAGUUCCUGAAGAAACUGCAUUUACAAGAACGAGUUGUGGAUGAAGUCAAACUGGCAUUAAAACCAUUUUAUAGUCACGGAAGAAUUGAUAAAGAUCAGUAUAAAGAAAUAAUGAGAAAAGCUGUUCCCAAGGUUUGCCAUAGUAAAAGUGGUGAUAUUAAUCCUCAAAAGAUAGCGGCUCUCGUAGAAGCCUAUGUAAAUAAAUAUGGAAAGAAAAAGAAGCAACCUGACUCAUCUUGAUAACUAUCUUGUUAUAGCCAUUUGUGUUCUUUAUUUAACUAUUGCAUAAACCAUUCUUGUGUUAACCAAUUAGUAUUUGAAUUUCAAUUACUGUGGAUUUAUUUAUUUUCGUACAUACCAAAUUACAUUGAUAUAGGAAUAUAUUGGAAUUAGGGGGAUAUUUGAUUGGGUUGCUGUUCUAACGUCUGGAUGCUAGGCUAUUGAAACUAUACUAAGAUCAACUUAUAGAUUCUAUAUUAACCUUUGUGUAGGAAAUCAACAAAAAUGUUGAACUUCAUAUGAAAUAUUGAAUAAACAGUCUAUUUCAUUAAUAAUAUUGAAUAAACAGUCUGAUUUCAUUAAAAAUAUUGAAUAAAUAGUCCGAUUUCGUUAAAAAUAUUGAAUAAAGAGUCCGAUUUCCUUAAAAAUAUUGAAUAAAUAGUCCGAUUUCAUUAAAAAUAUUGAAUAAUCAGUCUAAUUUCGUUGAAAAUAUUUUAAAAAAAAUGUUGGGUUUAGAAAUCAAUAGUUAUGAUAGUGCUCUAUUGAAUCCAUCUAUAUUAAUCAAGUAACACUAUUCUCGAUUUAUCCAACUUUUAUUAUAGCAUUUUUGGUGUCAGUUUUUGAUAUUAUUUUGGUAAAUAGCUCAUGAGGAAAACAAAUUUCUUUAUCACCCUACAAGAAAAUUAGAUAAUACAUGCAUGGCUUAUGCUUUAAUUGUGAUUUUAAAAAUCCUACUGCAUUUUUGGUGCAGUUGCUGUCAUGACUGCUGUUUAUAAGUUUUAUAAGAAAAAAAAUUGUCUUAAGAAAAUUGUUAAUUGAAAUUCUAUUUAAGAAAUAUCUGGCAAAAAUGAAUGAGUUUUAAUAGGGGCCACUUUCCCAAGAAAUUUGUAGUUAACUAGUCAAGGUCUCUCCCUAAGCCAGGAAAAUUUGUUUCCUACAUGUUCAAGUUAUCCUUAUAAGUAGCCAUGUUUUGUGGUAAAAAAAAAGUGCAUGGAUUCACUUUAUAUCUGUACAAAUCACUUGCAAUCAGGAUACUUCAAAAUUUGUUUGCAAAAUUGGGAUCGCUCAAUAAUUUCUCAAAAUCAUUGAACAUAAUUCUAUGAAUAUAUGUCUGACUUUCUUAGUUAAUACAUCUAUGAUACAAAAAAAACAUAAAGAGGAAAAAUUGGUUCUUGGAUGGUGAUGAUUUGCAUUUUUAGAAAUAUUUGAAAUAGAGUAUAUAUUAAAAUUAACCAGACUAUUUCUCUUAUUUGUGUUUUAUGAUUAUUCACCAUCACAGUUUAAAUGUAAUGUUAAUUCUGCUGUUAUAAACCAAUUUCUUGACAUGAAAUAUUUGUCCUCAGUUGUUAUGGAUGUAAUUAUUAAACAUUUUGGAGUAGGAGAUAAAUAUAAGAAUAGUAUUUCAAAUAUUAAGUAUUAUAAGCCAAAAACAUUAUUGUACCCCUCAUUUUACUUCAUAGUACCCCAUAUUUUCAGUUAUAUUGUGACCAUGAAUGAAAUGAAUUUAGCUGAAUUUAAUUAUGUUGACAAUAAUGAUUUAAAGUCAAUUUUAUUUUGUGACUGAAAUAGUGUAUACGUUUUAUGUAUGUCUCAUAUGUCUGAAACCUAGAUCAAAGAAAAAUGAAUUAUUAGCCAUUUUGCAUAUUGUAUUUACAUAUCAAAUUGAGAUAUCUGUCUCCAAGUUGUACCAGUCUUAUUAUAAAGUUAUUUUCGAGAAUAGUUUUAAAAAUUAUUUCAAACAUGUUUUUUUUAAUAUAAAUGAAUUUAUUGGGAAGCUUGUAUAUUUUUUGUUUUGUUAAAUAUUUUCAUAAAUAUUUUUUGUAAUAACUGAUAAAUAUCCAAAUUUAUAACUACAGAUAUCUUGUUUUGGCCAUUAGGUAUUCAAUAGGAAAUUCUUGCAAAUACACUUUCUAAUAGUUAUCAAUUUAACAAAAUUAAUCACAAGCACUUUGAUUAUUUAUUUCUAAUGUACUAUGAUUUUUAUUUUCUUUGUAUUAGAAAACUGUGGAUUUAUUUACUUUUCAUGGGUAAUUUUCAGUGAUCAAGUUUUUAUGCCCCUCCUAUGAUAGUAGAAGGGCAUUAUGAUUUCUGGUCUGUGCGUCCGUCCGUCUGUCCUGCUUCAGGUUAAAGUUUUUGGUUAAGAGAGUUUUUGAUGAAGUUGAAGUCCAAUCAACUUGAAACUUAGUACACAUGUUCCCUAUUAUAUGAUCUUUCUAAUUUUAAUGACAAAUUAUAGUUUUUACCCCAAUUUCACAUUCCACUUGACAUAGAAAUGAUAGUGUGAGUGGGGCAUCCGUGUACUGGGGACACAUUCUUGUUUUUUUAUUAUAUAAAAGGAUAUUUAAUUUCAUAGUUUUGACAAAAGUCUGUUGAACAUUUAAAUUAAAGAUAUACCUUUGCCUACAAAAUCCGCAAAAUUAAGUAUCCCUCAUAUAGUAAUGAAUCCACAGUAACUCGGACUAUUCUCUCUUUUUAGUG